GGGCGCGGUCAAUCCGCGCCGGCGUGGGGUUGGCGCUGAGGCGGUCCGAGGUGGUUGGGUUGGGUGGGAGGAGAUCCGCUCGCACACACGAGGAGGUUUGAGCCGCCGCCGCCGUUGUCGCGAGUGCGGAGUUGGGACUGGAGCCUUCGCCGCGACAACGCCGGGGAUUGUGUCGCUAGCCCCCGGCCCCUCUGCCUCGCCGCUUCGCCGGGUCAUCGCGGCCUGCUCCUGCCCGGCCCGUCGCCCCCGCCUCCCAUUUCCCGCCCUCUCUUCACCACACACACGGCCCCCCCGAUCAUGGAUCCGGGCAGUGGCGGUGGUGGCGGCGGCGGCGGCGGGAGCAGCAGCGGCAGCAGCAGCAGCGACUCGGCGCCCGACUGCUGGGACCAAGCGGACAUGGAAGCCCCCGGGCCGGGCCCGUGUGGCGGCGGCGGCGGCCCCUUGGCGGCGGCGGCGGCGGCGGCGACCGAGGCCCAGCGUGAGCACCUCAGUGCGGCCUUCAGCCGGCAACUCAACGUCAACGCCAAGCCCUUCGUGCCCAACGUCCACGCCGCCGAGUUCGUGCCGUCCUUCCUGCGGGGCCCGGCCCAGCAGCCGCCGCCCCCAUCUGGCGCCGCCACCCCCAACCACGGAGCCGGCAGCGGCGCGGGAGGCCCUCCGGGUAAAGGGCCGGGACGCGGAUCACCUCUGGAAUCUUCUCAAGACGAACAGUCAUUGUUGUGUGAAGGUUCAAAUUCAGCUGUUAGCAUGGAACUUUCAGAACCUGUUGUAGAAAAUGGGGAGACAGAAAUGUCCCCAGAAGAAUCAUGGGAGCACAAAGAAGAAAUAAGUGAAGCAGAGUUAGGGGGUGGUUCCUUGGGAGACGGAAGACCCCCAGAGGAGAACGCCCAAGAAAUGAUGGAGGAGGAAGAGGAAAUACCAAAACCUAAAUCUGUGGUCGCACCCCCUGGGGCUCCUAAAAAAGAACAUGUAAAUGUCGUAUUCAUUGGGCAUGUAGAUGCUGGCAAGUCAACCAUAGGAGGACAAAUAAUGUAUUUGACUGGAAUGGUUGACAAAAGGACACUUGAGAAAUAUGAAAGAGAAGCUAAAGAGAAAAACAGAGAAACUUGGUAUUUAUCUUGGGCCUUAGAUACAAAUCAGGAAGAACGAGACAAGGGUAAAACAGUAGAAGUGGGCCGUGCCUAUUUUGAAACAGAAAAGAAGCAUUUCACAAUUCUGGAUGCCCCUGGCCACAAGAGUUUUGUCCCAAAUAUGAUAGGUGGUGCUUCUCAAGCUGAUUUGGCUGUAUUGGUCAUCUCUGCAAGGAAGGGAGAGUUUGAAACUGGAUUUGAAAAGGGCGGACAGACGAGAGAACAUGCAAUGUUGGCAAAGACAGCAGGUGUGAAGCACUUGAUUGUGCUUAUUAAUAAGAUGGAUGAUCCAACGGUCAAUUGGAGCAAUGAGAGAUAUGAAGAAUGUAAAGAGAAACUAGUGCCAUUUUUGAAAAAAGUUGGCUUCAAUCCCAAAAAGGACAUUCACUUUAUGCCCUGCUCAGGACUGACUGGAGCAAAUCUUAAAGAGCAAUCAGAUUUCUGUCCUUGGUACACUGGAUUACCGUUUAUUCCCUAUCUGGAUAAUUUGCCAAACUUCAAUAGAUCAGUUGAUGGACCAAUCAGGCUGCCAAUUGUGGAUAAGUACAAGGAUAUGGGCACUGUGGUCCUGGGAAAGCUGGAAUCAGGAUCUAUUUGUAAAGGCCAGCAGCUUGUGAUGAUGCCAAACAAGCACAAUGUAGAAGUUCUUGGAAUCCUUUCCGAUGAUGUAGAAACUGAUUCUGUAGCCCCAGGUGAAAACCUCAAAAUCAGACUGAAAGGAAUUGAAGAGGAAGAGAUUCUUCCAGGAUUCAUACUUUGUGAUCCUAAUAAUCUUUGUCAUUCUGGACGCACAUUUGAUGCCCAGAUAGUGAUCAUAGAGCACAAAUCCAUCAUCUGCCCAGGUUAUAAUGCGGUGCUGCAUAUUCACACCUGUAUUGAGGAAGUCGAAAUAACAGCCUUAAUCUGCUUGGUAGACAAAAAAUCAGGAGAAAAAAGUAAGACUCGACCCCGUUUUGUGAAACAAGAUCAAGUAUGCAUCGCUCGCUUGAGGACAGCGGGAACCAUCUGCCUUGAGACCUUUAAAGACUUCCCUCAGAUGGGGCGCUUUACCUUAAGAGAUGAGGGUAAAACCAUUGCAAUUGGAAAAGUUCUGAAACUGGUUCCAGAGAAAGACUAAGCAUUUUCUUGAUGACCCUGCACAAUACUGUGAGGAAAAUUGACUGCAAAAGCCUACUUCACACCGCCUUCUCUUGUUUUCUGCCCAUUGACAAACUUCUCCCCGUAUUUUGCAAAGACAGAAAUCCACAGCAAAAGUCCACAUUGUGUCAGCUUUCUCAUAUUGAGAGCUCUGCUAUGCCACUGUUGAAUUUCCCCCCAGAUUUUUUUCCUUCCCCUCCCAAACUGCUUCCUUGGACAGAUUUGGCAAUAGCUUUGUAAGUGAUGUGGACAUAAUUGCCUACAAUAAUGAAAACUUACAGGAAUUUUUUUAUUUUUCAUUUUCCCCUUAGGCAUACUUAGUCUUUUUUCCCCCAGGCAGAUGAUUCUGAGUGUGCGAGUGUGUGCACAUGUUACAGACAACUACCAUGUUAAUAAAAUACUCAAUUUGAAAUCUUUUUCGGUAUUUGAAUUGCUUUUGAAUAACGUUUUUUAUCUGGAUGUAACAUUGUUGCAUUAGCUUUUUAACUUACCAAGUAAUUGACUACAUUUUAUGACUUGGACUUUUCUAAACUCUUUCCCUACCCACUACUUUAAAUGAGGCAUUUCCAAACGAUGUGCAAGUUUGUAUUACAGGAAAGAAUUAGUUUGACCACUUCCUUAAAUGGUUAAUGCGUACGUCCAGUAAAUAACCUUUAUGGAGCUGGGACACUGCUUUAGUAGUAGGUCUGCUGGCUCUUUUCUGCCAAUUUAUAUAUUCACCGUGAUUUCUUAAACACAGUAAGUUGUUUUAAAGUAAAAGAGCAGCGUGCUGUAGUUUUUAUAAGUAAAGCGUAAUGAAAUUGUACCCCUACAGAAAAUUCCAUUAAGUUGUUAAAUUAGUGGGAUUUGCAAUAAAGAAAGCAUGUUGAGACCUGGCAAAAAUGCCUCCUUUAGUAUUUAUAAGAGCUGCAUGCAUCUAGUAUGAAAACUGUAUCCAUUGCAAGUGCCAGUUCUGCAGAUUACUCCGUUUACUAUUUGUAUCAGUAAUUUUAAAGGUUGGACGAUCCUUGCUGGUUUAAAGCUAAAUCUCAUCCAGCCACGAAAGGAACACAUACUUAGAACCAUCCGAAUCUGCACAGAAUAAAGUUAACAGUGAUAAGUAGAAUCAAGCACAGUAUCGAAGUUUUUCUCAGUUAUUUGAAAUUGACUGUUUUCUUAAAUGUAAAGCUGAAAUUUGCUAAACUGUUAAUUUGGAUGAACCACAGUGGAGUACCUGGUGGUUUUUAGAUUGAAGGCUGACUUUCUACUGUAACUGUCAUGACUUUGAAAUUUUUAAUGAGAAUAAAUGGGAAAUGAAGAGCCACUUUCUGGGUUUAUUGGAAGCCCCCCUUGAUUUUGAGGGUUGUUGCCAUUUAUCAAAGACUCGGCCUCUUUUAGAUUGUGGUUUAUCUCUAAAUAAGAUACUUUGUAAUUGUAUAUUUAAUGACAUGUCCCUUCCCUCAGAAAAGAAAAGCCUAGUCAGACUGUAUUUCCAGUCACAAAGCUUUAUAUAAAACUUAAUCUAAUCCUGUUCUCUUAACUAUAGAAUUACCAUUCAUUUUAUGAAUGAGGCUAUAUAUCGUAUGGACAGAGCAAAGUUACUGUCCUACAGCUUCCUAUAACUAUACUCAUGGCUAUUAAAUUGCAUGAAAUUUAGCUAAAUUUUAUUACGUCAGCAAAUCUCUGGGCUUUUAUUUUUCUGGGAACUACGGGAGCUUUAAUCAGUACAUACAACUCUUUUUGUACUUCCAAGGUAAUAGGAACAAAAUAGCAAUUGCUUGGAUUUUAAGGAAUCUUUAAAAGCUCGAGAGUUACUGAAAUUAUUUCCAAAAAUAGAUUUCCAUUUUUAAAUUGAGCAUAUUUUUAAAAACCAGUUUGUUUGCUAUUAAAACAUUUACACUUUUAGAAUAUUACGUGCAUGUUGCCAAGACUCUUCGGCAAAACGACAUGGAUACCAACUGUCAAGGGCCCACCUCCAAAAUAGAAGAGCUAAUGAAUACAAAUGUCAUUAUGAAAUAAAGAUUUCAUUGGAUUCUUUUACACAUUUGUGCAAACGAUGAUCUAAUCAUUUAAAAGAAACCACAUUGUUAAAUAUGGACUUGGAAGUUCUUUGGGAAAUAUUCACUCAGAGUUGGUGCAUUUUAAACUCCUGGUCACCCUGGCUAGUGAUUGGGAUGAGGAAAUGCAUGUCUGGCGUGGACUGGCAGCGUGUGAUGCUGGGCUCUGCAGAGCAGUGCGGGGUCCUGUGCUGUUGUUCGGCGCCCCCUGAGCGUGUGGGUGUGGCUGACCGUGCUAACGGAACAGGGUGGGUGACUGGCCGCACAUUAGGAUAAUACGGACCCAAACGUUUUUUCCUCUGGCUUUAGCAUAGAUAUAUUAGUCAUAACUUACUUUGCAUCUUUUUACAUUAAUGUUCUGUAUACAACUUUCAUGCUAGAUUAUUUAUAGUUUUUUAAAUUAAUGAACUGAAUUGAAGAGAAGAAGGUAUUGUUGAAAUGAACAUCUGAAGUAAUUGCCACUUUAAACCUUACUGUGGGAGAGGGGAAAAUAUAGCAUCUAUUUCUUGUUUUUAAUUUGCAAAAAGGACUUAUCCAGUGAAAAUCAAUGUAAAAUCAAACCAAAAGAGUUGGACUGAGUAUGUAUUGCCAUGAAAUUAAGUGACAAAUAGUAAAGUGUUCUUGAAUACUUAAGCCCAUGUAUAUUUGUUUGUUUUGAACUGAAAGUCUUGAAAUAUGUGAUAAUUGAAUGUAAAAACUUUGUAAAUUGUAUAAGUGCAGGUGGUUCACUGUAACAAGAGGUAGCUUGUCCUUGUCUGCUAGUUCCCUCAGCGACAAGAACUGCGUUUUCGGUGUGGGAUGGACUUCGCAGGGGGUGCCCCCGGAAGGCCCCGGCACCCUCAGCUCAAGUGCCGCAGAUAUUUUGGGUCACGCUUUCAAACAGAUGCAGUUUUGCAACCCAAGAAAAAGGCCAACCUAUGGUUAAAAACUUCCAUGAUGAACUCCUGAGAAAAAUCAGCUAAACCCCCUGGCAUGUUCGGGAAGACUAGUCACAAGUGUCACUACCCCACGGUCUGUGACGAAUGUCCCCCAGGGCGGCACUUCAGCUCCUCUUCUCGAUGGCACGGACUUCCUCACAGACCGCCACACGUGAAUGGGGGCUUCGUGGGUUUGGGACAGAUUUCAGGUAGUCAAGGGGCAAGCAGUUUUUACGACAGCUCUCAACAUCAGGGAACUCUGAACCUUUGAAACUCAUUGUCACAGUUCUGGUGACCUUACCAGAGUCAGCUGUGCCACAAAUCCUGUCACAGACCCGUGUGCGGUAGACCGCCAUCAGCAGGAUUUAGGGGACGAUUUUGUGUCUCCAGAUAACAUGGCUUCCACCAUUUCCUCCUGCUAAGUUUUUACUGAUUCUAGCAAGAUGCCACCUGAUACAUUCAUGCUUUGUUUCUUUAGAGAUCUUGCCAUGGCAGCGGCUUGUUAAAUAAAUAAAUGUAAUUACACGUGCACAACUCAAAAUACUAGGUUUAAAUUUAGCAGUCAGUUGGUUAUAUUAGAUUUCCUAGUAAGUGGAAUAGGGACUGUUUUUAUUUUCCUGUGAUAGUUCAGUGGAUUCCAUUUGAACCAGUGUUUACUGCCAGAAUUCAGGUCGGGUAGAUUGGUUCAACUUGUGAUGGUUUGGGUUCCAGGAUAUUCUUGAUCUUCAGUAUCCUGGAACAUACUGAGUCUUCCCUUCAAUAAAUAUACUUUUCACAUACCUCUAAUCCUAUGCUUCCUUGAAACAGUAAUAUACAUGCUAGCCGAGUUGUUUACUAGGGCAUGUGAUAAGGGCCCGGAGGUGUGAGUGGAGAUUAGAACCUUUACGUUCUCUAACGUAAUAAGGGAAGAGCACAUCGGCACCACGUCUGAUGAGGCGGAAAAUUGGGAUUUCUCAGGCAAGCCCCAGCCUGGGAAUGGUUUUCCUUGCCUCGACACACAUAAGCCACUGCGCCCUGUAAAACUUAACACGGAAACCUCAGGUUUGUGGGCAGCAAAGGUAGAAUGACGUUUUGUGCUUCCUGAGGCUCCCCUCUGCCAGGUACAUUAGCUUAGUGCUCCAGAUGUCAGCCCAAGCCCCUGCUACCUCCUUUCCUGCUGCCCAGGAAGAGCGUGCUGGAGCAGAGCUCCGCGCCAUCCACCUGCUUUCCGUGACUGAGGUCAGAGCCCGGAAGGUCUGCGUACUUUAAGGACUCCCACUGGGCUCUCGUAGAUCAACUCACCUCUUUGUUAACUAGUUUGUUCUGUUCUAAAGGAAAUGUGGAUCUCUCUCAGGCCAGGACUCCGUGACUAGUUUUUACUAGAACAGCAUAGGUCAAUACCUAGCUCGCUCGCUCUUUUUUUUUAAACCAGAGAAUUCAAGGGAACUGAGUAGCUCUGCUGGGGUUUUUAACUUAAUUCCAAAGCAUGGCAGAAUGCUCUAGGUAGGAACUGUGGGAAUCCGAGGUAAAGAAACCUUUUUCUUAUGAUUUGUAGCUACCUACUGUGCCUGAAUUGGUGCUUGUGAGGAUGAAGCCCUUAGCCGCUCUUGCAAUUAUUCCAAUGACUGAAGUUAAAAGAAUUUGCUUUUGUAAUAAUAAAAAUUGUCAUCUUCCCUUUUGAA